CUCCUGGUGUCCGCGGGGGGGAUCGAACCGGCUACAUUGUACUACAUCAGUGUGAAGAUGGCGGAGGGUGAAUUGAACGUGGAUAGCCUCAUCUCUCGGCUCCUGGAAGUGCGAGGAUGCCGUCCGGGGAAGAUAGUCCAGAUGACGGAGGCCGAGGUGCGGGGCCUCUGCAUCAAAUCCAGGGAGAUCUUCCUCAGCCAGCCCAUCCUGCUGGAGCUUGAGGCCCCCCUGAAGAUCUGUGGUGAUAUCCAUGGGCAGUACACAGAUCUCUUGAGGCUGUUUGAGUAUGGUGGCUUCCCUCCAGAGGCAAACUACCUUUUCCUGGGUGAUUACGUGGACAGAGGGAAGCAGUCUCUGGAAACCAUCUGCCUUCUGCUGGCCUACAAGAUCAAAUACCCAGAGAACUUUUUCCUGCUCAGGGGCAACCAUGAGUGUGCUUCCAUCAACCGCAUCUACGGCUUCUACGAUGAGUGCAAGCGCAGGUUCAACAUAAAGUUAUGGAAGACCUUCACUGACUGCUUUAACUGCCUCCCCAUUGCUGCUAUCAUUGAUGAGAAGAUCUUCUGCUGCCACGGAGGCCUAUCACCUGAUUUGCAGUCAAUGGAGCAGAUUCGCAGGAUCAUGAGGCCAACAGAUGUGCCUGAUACAGGCCUGCUGUGCGACCUGUUGUGGUCAGAUCCAGAUAAGGACGUGCAAGGUUGGGGAGAGAACGACCGUGGUGUCUCCUUCACCUUUGGGGCAGAUGUGGUCAGCAAGUUUCUAAACCGCCAUGACCUGGACCUCAUCUGCAGAGCCCACCAGGUUGUGGAGGAUGGAUACGAGUUCUUUGCCAAACGCCAACUGGUCACACUUUUUUCUGCUCCAAACUACUGCGGGGAGUUUGACAAUGCAGGCGGCAUGAUGAGUGUUGAUGAGUCCCUCAUGUGUUCUUUCCAGAUCCUGAAGCCCUCAGAGAAGAAGGCGAAGUACCAGUACGGUGGUGUAAACUCUGGUCGGCCCGUCACCCCACCCCGCACCACCCAAGCCCCCAAGAAGAGGUGAACGUACAGCCGCGACUCUCCCUCUCCCUCUCACCUCGUCCGUCCCUGGUCUGCCAUCGCGGCAACCCCUGUAACUCCCCUGUAUAGCGAAGAUACAGGGCUUAUCUAAUUGCCCAAAUCUUUCUCCUCCUUCUCCCCCAUUCACCCAACCCUUCCUCAACUCCACUGACAGCUCUUUUCUUAAUGUGUAUGUGUACAUAAAUUUGCUGUGACCAAUCUGUUUUAUUUUUUUGCCUGUUUGUUGGUAUUUUUGAUAUUAUUAACAAAUAAUCUUUUUGGUGGUUUUACUUCCAAUGCUAUUUGAAGUUUUCUGAGGUUCUGUGUUGUUGUGAGGAAAUGCCUUCUGUAUGUAGAGGGGCUAUGUGACCAAGUUACCGAAAAUAAUUCUCAGUUCUUCAAAGAACCAAAACGGAGAUUGAACAUUAUUUUGCCUUGACCUCUCAAAAAGCAGAGAGAAUCCUUCCCGUGUAUUUUAUUUGGGACUGCGGUUUCUGUGCAAUGCUAAGUCCAUAGACACAAAUAACAUUUCUUAUAUUGCAGUUUAACAUUUUAAACUCAUUAUGGCAUGUGCAGUGCACUUUGCAGUUGUUGUGCACGAGCACAUUUUAUAUAUUUAACCAUUGACAAAGUGCACCUCCCCGUGAGUAGCAAAGAAUGUGAACAGACCGGCUUGAAUGAAAUAUCGAGGCUAAAUCAGAUGCUGCUGGCAGUGGACACGCUCUACCCGAACACAACGCCCUCUGGGCAUCAAUUCCUCCACUCUGUUAUGCCUCCCUGUGCCUCAACUCCACUCCCACACAAAAACAUGCUGCUCUUCACACAGAGCUGGUAUUGACAUUUUCCUUGGUGUAUUUAUUAUUUGUUCUCAUCAAGAUAAUUUCCCCCAUACAAAUCUUCUGGAUUUAUAGUGAAAGAUGAGGGGGGAAAGUUUAGAAUUUUGUGUCUGUGGAAAGUGAAAUGUAUGGAACACUGAUUUGAAUAAAACAGCUAUGGACUUUAAAUGCAGACAGUGAAUACAUGGUGUGCAUGUUUAUAGAAUAGUGCUGUGCAAAUCUUGAUCUUUGUAUGGAGAGGAUAAGAAACCACUGGUUGCACUUUUGUGAGUGUCUCACCAAUCAUAUUCAGCCCUACAGUGUUAAAAAACAAGACAGAUCUGCAAAAAAACUGAUGCAUUAGCUUCAGAAAUCGCUCCACAGUAUUUGAAUGAUUUAGUGCAGAAUGCAUACACCCAUCUGAAAACAAACACAAUGAAGACAGGUUGCUUUUGGAGGCUUCGUAGUAAAAUGACAGCUGUCCUUCUUUCAGAUCACCCAAUCUGUUGAGGUGCAGGGUAUGAAAACUGAUGGAGGUGGGAGUGGGCGGUAAGGCCAGGCUGUGUGAUUGUGUCGCCACCUGGUGUAUAAAGACAAUACUACAGUGCAAAAUAGCACACAUCUGAUGUUGUAAAUUUCAAAAUGUGGUGUCAUUCACUACUAGGAGGUACUGCAUUACACUGACCAGCGGUUAGCCUGAUUAGCAGUUCAGCUUGUCUACUGCACACGAGAUGCAGUUGGGAUUUUUGUGGAAAACAGUUGCCUCUUUUUUCUUUCAUUCUUUCUAUUUUCUUGUUUUGCUCUUUGUUGUAUUAUUCUUUCUGUUGUAUUUUUAUGUUCUCUAUUCACAAUGUUUACUUUUAAUCCACUUAAUUUAUUUCCUAAUAACGAUAAUAAGAGAACAAUGACAUGUUACCAAAAGCUGUUUUGCAAUUUGUACAAGUUUGUUUGAAAGUCUAUAAAUUCAAUAAAAUGGAUGGAACCUAAA